AUUGUGAAAUUGAACAUCGUAAACAAAACAAAAGCUAUUUAUUACGGGAGAGUUGAAAUAUUAUUUUUUGGCUAUUUAAGCAGAGUGCGUGAGUAAUUAGUUCUCAUAUAGAAGAAAGAAGCAAGAGCUACCUUAUUGUAAAAUAAAAUGACAACCAACGUAAUAAAAGACAAAAACUCAGGAACUGAUUACGAUCUGGAAGAGGAAAUCGACUCUCAUUUGAGGCACAUUUUCUACAUUAAACCAAAAGAAUCCGCAACAUGUAAUCCAUACAUUGUGGAGUUCUUUGGCGUCCUCAGUUUAAAUGAUCUGAGGGCUCCAGAGCGUAAGCUGUGGGUCAUAUACUAUUGCAAACAGCCGGAACUGGACAAAACCGUUGAUGAGAUCCACCAGAAGUAUGGCAAGAAGAAUAUGUUCGACCUGUAUCGGACGCCGGUAUUCAGUGGAGCUGCUCUACGGGCUGCGGUAAAGAAGCAUUUCUCGGAACUCAAGUGGUUUACGACGGGAAAUCUGCUGGAGGCACCUCCCAAAAGUCACUUCAACGACGAGCGAGUGGUCAAAACCAUAACGGAUCUGCACCACUUGGAACAGCAGAGGCUGUAUAACUAUGUGAUGGUGAAAAAUAUGUGGUUUGCGCGAUAUAAAUAAUGUUUAUCGACUAACCCUGUGAUAUAGAUUUAAAAUGACUAAAAUAAAUGUGGCCUUAAAGGUAUUAGCAGAACCAGAAA